AUGGCUGAAAAACAUAACUUUGGUAUUCAACCUGUGACCUGCCAUACUUUCAAUAAAGAUAGAUCAGGCUUGGCUUUAUCACUGAAUUCAUCAGAAGUCAAGAUCUAUAAGAAGAAUGGAAGUAAAUGGCAGCCAACAUCAUCAUUACAAGAACAUGGUCAGAGGGUCACCAGUAUAGAUUGGGCUGCUAAUAGUAAUAAAAUUGUUACUUGUGGGGCAGAUAGAAAUGCUUAUGUUUGGACUAUGAACUCUGAUGGUACAUGGAAACCAAAUUUGGUUAUUCUGAGAAUUAAUAGAGCUGCUACUUUUGUUAAAUGGUCCCCUAAUGAGAAGAAAUUUGCUGUUGGUAGUGGGGCUAGAUUAAUAUCUGUAUCUUACUAUGAAGAAGAUAAUAAUUGGUGGGUUAGUAAACAUAUUAAAAAACCCAUUAGAUCAACUGUAACAUGCUUAGAUUGGCAUCCUAACAGUGUGUUGAUAGCAGCAGGUUCAACUGAUUUUAAAGCACGAGUUUUCUCAGGUUAUAUUAAAGAAUAUGACCCUAAACCAGAAGCCUGUUCAUGGGGAUCAAAGAUGCCAUGGGGAGCUCUGAUGGCUGAGCAUUCCAAUGGUAGUGGUGGAUGGGUACAUUCUGUAUCAUUUUCACCAAGUGGUGACCGUUUGGUCUGGGUAGGACAUGAUUCCAGUGUUAAUGUAGUAGAUGCUGCCAAGGGGGCCACAUUAACUAGUGUAAAGGGAAAUUUCCUGCCAUUUAAAAGUGUAACAUGGGUGACAGAGAACAGUCUAGUAGCUGCUGGUUAUGAUUGUAAUCCAACAGUAUUUACCUAUGAUGAUGCCGGAAAGUUAACUUUGAUAAAUAAACUGGAUCAAUCUCAAGAAAAAGCUGCUGGAACAAUGAGUGCUAUGAAUAGAUUCAAGAAUUUCGAUACUAGAGCUACAUCAGGUGAUUCUACUAGUGAACUAAAGACACAACAUCAAAAUACUAUCACUGAGAUAGGUAUAUACUCAGGGACUAAAGCUGAUUGUACCAAGUUUUCUACAUCUGGAGUAGAUGGAAACAUUAUCAUUUGGGAUAUCAAGAGUUUGGAGAAAAGUAUUGCUGGAUUGAAGAUUGCUUAA